UCGUUUUCUUGUCCGGUAGACGCGUCGUGCGCGAAAAAAAUGGGAAGUACGAGAAGAGUCGCCUGAAAAAUACAGCGCGCUCAAAGGAUGAAGAAGUCGAGUCGAGGUGGAGCGCUAAUCCGCCUAAUCAAGCUCCUCCCAACCUGGAAGUUUGGAAAAACUCACCCUGUAUAUAAACGUAGAAUUUAAUCACUCGAACUGUUUCUCUGAUACACCAUCAAAUACACACCGCAACGAUUAACGCGCUCCAGUGGAUCUUUAGCCAGCUUUGAAUUAAACAUGGUGAAAAUUUUUUUCAAUCAUUUGCCAUUGUCCCAAUUAUUCGAAGUUUGAAGUUUGGAAGGAAAACAAAAUGAUGGCAACUGUGAACGCGAAACAAAAAAAUAAAAAUUUUGGUAAUCGUAUAAAUUUUUGUUUUGUUUUUUGAAUGACAUCCAUCACUGUUACAAUCCGGUUGAAAAGUAAAUGGCUCGAAAAAAGCGUAGUCAGUGAUUAUUGAUGAUUUAUAAAUGAAAAAAAAGGUAUGAAAAAAGUGCUCAACUUCGCGCAAAAAAUUUGCAUUCUUUUUUUCUGACUGCCAUGUUGUUUUUUUUUGCCUGCAACACCACGUAACGAUUCAGCUAGACUUCUUGGCACCGGUUUCGGCAUAUAAUACAGCUGCUGGAUAAUUAUAAUCAUUUAUUUUUUCAGUUUUUUUCCUGCAAUACAACACUACAAUAUACUUACAUACCUACACAGAUUACCGCUUUCUGCUCCCGGUGUAAUAAAAGAUCGUUAAUUUUUUGAGUUUUGCGUUAACUUUUACGACCAGUUUAAAAUACCCACACAUUUCAAUUCUCUCUUCAUAUCGCUGAUACGGGAACGCGAUCAUCGUUGCACGCCGCUCGGCUUCACUUUGUUAAGAACACGGAAUUUCGGCGUUAUUGUGUUUGAAUUAGUUUUACACGAUGUAUACAUAUCGUAAGCUUAGGUGGCUCGGUACAUGUAUAGUUUUAUACAUACUGUAGUAUAUCUGGUACAACAGCCGUAUAGCGGAUGUAACGGGAUACGGCGAUUCUUUUAAUUUUCUUGCGUCUCGUUAAUAAAUUCGCUUUGAUACGUCAGACUGUUUGGCGGUUCGUAAUUUGGGAAGGGAGAUGGAGGGAGAGGACGAAACGAUGGAGAGGGAGGACCGGGGAAGACCGUGUUUUCAAUUACUCGACCGGUUAUAAUUACAAUUUAUCUACAGUAUGUAGCAUAGAUAUCGUCGUUUUUACCUUUCGUCACCUUUUUUUUUUUUUUUCUCUCUUUUUACCUCCGUAAAUACGAGGGGCGCGCGCGGGAUUCUAACGACUUCCCGCAUCGGAUGGAAAGUUACUACAAACGUACAGGGGAUUCUGGGGUACGAUGAGAAGACGAGUUGAGAAGAGCGCGAGGACCACGUUAUACGGCGCGAUGAGCGAAUACCGAGCGCGACGAUGGUCGCUGCCGUAGAAAAGCCGCCACUUUCCCAGAUUUGUCAGCAGAAGUGACGGAUAGGCUUCUCAGCGACAGACUCGCCUCUCUCAAACCCUUCUGGGCUUCCCCUGUUUUUUUUUUUUUUUUCAGUUUUAUUCUCUCGCUUCUCUCCUCGCAAAUCGACCAACACCACCCUACCGGUUAUUAUACGUAUGUAUAUACGCUUUCUACCGCGCUCCUUGCAGAUUCGAUUCGCCACUAAAAUAUAAGCGACGACGCGCGUCUUAAGCCUGUUCCCCGGGGAGCUGUUUCGAAGAGGGAUGGAUCUUCGCCUCUGUUUCGGGCAUUAACAUUCUCCGGAAAAAGAGGGGGUCGCGUGACGGACUCUACGCGCUACGAGCGUCGCGUCAUUUUUUCUUCACCACUCGCAAGAAUUUUGUUCAAAAAUCAUCGAUCGCAUUCGAUAAUUACUUCGAUAUAACGUCGGUUCCCUCGAAUUCCAGAUUAGGAAGAUACGUAGAUAUGCGUACUUAUAACUGCGGAAAAACAAGGAAUUUCAAGACUUACGCGUGAGGAAAGUUAUAGGCUUCGCAUUAUUGGAUUUUCAACCACGUUUAAAACCCCUCGUCGAUAGCCACCCCUUUUCCGCCACCGCGUUACGUAUAUACCCUGAUCGAAUUUUAAUCGUUUCUCGGUCGGUUUUACGCGUAUAUACCUCACAUAAUCUGCGAAUUGGUGUAAUCGAUCGCUCCUCGUUUAUCCGCGAAACUCCACCUACAUAUAUCUAGAGAUUUCAAGUAAUUUCGGAUUACGUAUGAAAGAUUGUCCUUCUUAUUAUUCCAGUUAUCUUUUUCCUUCAACACGUCGACAGUGUCUCGAUCGUACGUCUCGUAAUUAGGGAGAGAUACGGCCGACGAUGAGUCCCGAUUUAUUAGCCCCUAAAUUCCCAUUCGACGACACCCAACUUGUCACGUUUCUUCUACAAUGAAAUAUAUGCAGGGCUCGAGAGCGGAUCUUCGAGAUGAGCGCUGUGCAGAUUAGCCUACCGAAGAGGCGGUUUUAGGUGAGAAUCUUCCGCCGUCUCCGGCCCCUCCGGCCCCUCCGACUCUCCCCCUCCCUCUUCUGGUCACGCGACUACGCUAAAUCAGAGAUUUAUUUCGAAUCUGGAGAAUAUCACCACGACUCUAGUCAUUCCAUAUCGUAUCUUCGCUCUCGAACGGUACGUUCUCACUCACGAUCAUCCGCAGGUGCUCCGAACACACGUAUUGUUGUAUACACAUACACGCAGGUGGUGGCUGUCUCUAGGCGGUCGUAUUGUGUUCGAAAAUGUGGACCCUAACUUCCUGCAUAGACCGUAUGUCACGCGUUCAAACGUAAGUAGAUAUUGUCCCCGUACAUUAACAAUAUUUGUACACGCGCUCAUAGUAUUUGGGUCGUUAUUUCGAAAUCCGACACGACUUCGAACCUCGCGCGGUGGUUCGGUCGAGUUUUAUUUAACCGCGGUUAACUUUCAUCUAUACGCACCGUCGCAAAAUUUUAUUUACACGGGGCGAAGAUUCGAAAAUCAUCGAAUUACCCGACGAUAAAUCAUCUCGCGGACCGAGUACGUCAUCCUCGACGCGACAGAUAUCGGCUUUCUGAUGAAAACCUACUCGACGAUAUCCUCCAUUUGGAAAUCCACCGCUGAAAAAUCAGAGGAAAGAGGAGUUGUUCUCCGCCAGGGGUGGAGGGGUUUCGGGGGGUUGGUUUUCGCGAGACUCUGACGAAGUCGAAAAGUCGCGCGGGGGUCGGCAGAAAUCGGCGUAGACGGUCGCGGUUGUAGGUAAAUUGCGUUUGGAAGGUUCUCACAUCAGGUGCGUUGUCGGCCGGAGUCCGGAGGUAACGUCGGAGGUGGUGGAGGAGGAGGUGGUAGCCGGGCGCUCGGUUGUAAUGGCGUGUGCGUGUGGAUGUGGUGGUUACACGUCGCAGGUGGGUUACCACGUGGGAUUGUAUGCACGGGUACGGGACGGGCGUAUGGUACCGACUCGUGGUGCGUGCAUGGCGGCGGGUCUCCGUCUCCGUUGGAAGGCCCGCGGUCCGGGGAAGGGCGUCGAGUCUUGUCGCGUCGGGCGGGCGUCGCGAAGGCGAAGGCACACGGAGUAACUCAUUCACUCAUUGACUCGCGUACGCCCGCAAGUUCGUACGUACGUUCUACGGUGAUCCGUGCGCGGUUUUGUGUUAAAGGUCGGAACGAACCGCGGCGUCCCGGUGUUCCGGUGCCCCGAGGCCGUCCUCUUCCUCUCCGCUUCCGGUUCUUCGCUUCUCCUCCUCCUUCUCAUCACCCGUAAACAAUCUUUGGUGAAAUUAAUACCCGCGACCGUUCCGUUCUUUCGCUCCCGAGGGAGACGGAGGGAUACGGUAUCCGACGAAUCCUCAUCCCCCGCAGGAAGUUUUGCUUCGAACGAAAAGACCGGUUGUUCCUUUUCGUUGCAGUUGUUUUCCCUUUUUUUUUUUUUUUUUAUUUUUAGUUUCUCUCGUUCGUUUGCUCAGUUUUCUUUUUUUUUUUUUUUGAAUAACUGCAACAACACUCGAACUAUUUUGAGAUGCCGUCUGGUCUCAAGAUCGGCUAUUUCCUAAUUUGCUGGGUUUUAGCCGCCUUGUACAGCGGCGCCCUGUUACCAAGGAUUCAGGGAAAGCCCUUGCAGGUAAAACCAGGAUGUCGAUAUGAGGGUCGUAGAUACCAGGAGGGCGCGAUCGUGGCCACUUCGGAACCGUGUCUCCAAUGCCGUUGCGUUGAAGCAUCUCUGAGAUGUCGUCUACGUGUUUGCCCCCGCAUACCAAAUCCUCCGCCCCCCGAAUGCCACCUCCGCGUUUCAUCCGAACACGUGUGCUGCUCCGAGAUGAUCUGCGGCGAAUCACAUGAGAGUGAGAAUUCGUUGAGACGGGUGGACCUCGGAAUCGAUGACGUAGUGGAGGAAGAUGGUUGCCUCUUCGAAGGAGUCCGUUACGGCGCCGGUUCCGCUAUGAUAGCGACCAGGAGGUGCGAGUAUUGCUACUGCAUAUUAAACGCUAGACGUUGCGUCAGGCCAAAGUGUCUUUUACCUCUUCCAGGGUGCACUCCGCUCUACGCACCCCAUUCCUGUUGUCCGGUAGCCUACAACUGCACCCACGAUCGCAACGGACUGGAAACUUCUACGACUACCAAGGCGAUGUCCUUGAACGGUUGUCGCGUGGGAAAUCGCAACUACGACGAAGGAGAGAUGGUCAGGGAUAUAGCUUGGAAAGCACCAUGCGACAACUGCUUUUGUGCCAUGGGAGCCAUAAGAUGUGUGCCUUUGGCUUGCGCCCCCCCACUUCAGGGCUGCAGCCCGAUCGUCAGGGAAGGUCAAUGUUGUCCCUCGACCUACAACUGUAGCGGAAGCAUCGAGGUAAAAGCGACUCAGAACUUCGCGUCUUACGCAUUCGUCAGUAAAGAUUACGCCAAUUUUCGCAAGGAGACGCAUUUCUACCCUGUCGAUAACCAGCUGAAUCCCAUCCUGUCGAACGCUAUCGUCGAGGGUCGGGGUCACAGGAUAAUCGAUGGGACUGCUUACACAACGGAUCAGGAGGUAAUCGACGUUACUACUCCUCCUCGGUUCGGCAGCACCCCGCCGCAGGAUUCUACGUCGGAGUAUUCGACGACGGCCGGCGUCGAGUCCUCCUCGCCGGUGCCCACGCCGGAGAGCGAGACGAUGGGCAACGAGAUUCUCUCCGACGCCGAUUCGGAAGGGUCGAAAUCCACGGUGCAAAUGUCCGCGACGACGUCGCUGACGACCCCGAUGUCGACCGAGGUCACUACCGACACGGAGUUAUCGACUUCGACGAGGGAAUCGACGACCUUGGAAUUGACAACGUUCGAAUCGACGACCGCCACUUGGACGACUCAAGAAGAAACUACCGGCGUCGAUACGGGAAGUACCACGAGUGAAAGUGGUUCAACGACUGCCGGAGGUGAACCUUUGGAGGAGAGGGUGAACGGUGCAGUCGGCGAAGAGGAGUCUGUAACAACGGUACGGGCAAUUUCGCAGGAUACGACUUUCUCAAAUUCGUCGAUAACCGUUAUCCGGCCGACCGAAGCUAGCCGAGAAGAAGAGAAAGAAGAAAAAGACGAGGGGGAUGAAAUGGAGGUGGAAAAAAAAGGGAGUACCUCGAACGGCGCGGAAUCAGCUACCAGUUUGCCAACGACGAUCCUGAUGCCCGAUGACAUUUUCGUGAUGAACGUGACCCUGAAAACUAACGUAUCCGUUGGUCACGUCGAGGGGAUGACGGUUGCCCCGGUUAGAUCGAUACCCCCCGAUGUGGAAGCCAUUUUGAACAUAACUCAGAGGGAAAAGGGGGAGGACUACGAUUAUUACAGCGAACCAACUUUACCACCGUCUCUGCCGAACGUCAGGAUAAUUCCCUUCGUUGCCGCGGACGCCUUGGUGAAAAAUGAGAAGGACACGACCUCGAGCGUCACCGCUUAUCCGUCAGGAUCUGCUGCCGUUGUACCUGCUGAACUGCAACGACCCACGGACAGCUCUAACUUUUACGACAUUGUUACUCGGGAGAAUAGAUUUAGCCCACCUGUUGAAACUGAAGGCGGAUUCGUUCCCCGAGAUCCACCCUAUUUCGAAGGAUCCUAUCACUCGACCGAUCUGAGCUUGGAAAUUGGCACCGGCGUAACCGUAGUUCCCGCAGACAUUACCAAUCCGAAUAGAAAAGAAGAAGGUCCGCUGCAGACCGACUGUCGAUUCGAAACGCGACAAUACCGUCACGGGGAAUUCAUCCCCAACAGCGGACUCUGCGUAAUCUGCAUGUGUUACUACGGCGAAGUAGUAUGUUCGGACGAAAAAUGUCCCCCUCUGAAAAUCGGGUGCAGGAGGGUCAACGAGGACGAAAGAUGCUGCGGUAAAAUUAUCUGCGUCGACACGGCCGAAUCUCCGACGAUGGUUUUGGACCGAGCGGACGCUACGGCACCCUCUCAUCGCCAAGGUGUAACGUCUCUGGACGGAAUCGCUACCCCGGACCCUUUUCGAGACGUCAUUAAGACGGAACCGGCUCCGGACCUUCCCUCGCUGAUCGAGGAUAUGAUACCCUACCUGGUCGAACGAGGGAUCUCGACACCGAGACCGACGACUCCGAUGCAAUCGAACGGCCCAAAGUCCAGUCAGACGAUUCAAAAGCCCGAAUUCGUCGGAGUCGAAGUUCCGCUACUCCACGCGCCACUUUACGCUUAUCGAGAUCAAAUCGACAGGCGCAAGGACGAAGACAUCGCGGUCCCCGGAUCCCCAAUUUCGGCGGCGAUCGAUGACGGAAUGGGUUACAACUUUCAUACCGCGGGUGGUAAUUUAAACUUUUCGCCGUUCUCUCAUCAGGAACCCGGUAAAAAUUUCGACGCGUCGGGUUUUCCCGACUUUAUUUACGACAAACAAAUCGAGUCCGUCGUCACACGGAACUUUUCGAAUCCCGUUAACUCGGCGUCCGUCGGAAAUUCCAACGUAACGGAAGACGACGGUCCGCCGUCCCCGAAACCCAAUUUUUCGAAUAAAACGGAAAACACUUUUUCCAAACCCUCGGAAACAACUCCCAACGAUAAAACUUCGGCUAACGUCCACUCGCCGGAGCCAGAAGAAGAACCGGAAGACACGGAUGACUCCGGCUAUUCCUUCGGCAGCGUUUUCAACCUGCUGUUCUCUGACCCAGCUACGGUGAAACCAGAAAUUCAAAUACCGCUGACGAAAAAUGAUUCCCCAAUUUCCGUCGGAGAUCCUGCGACCGGUUCGUCGCCGGUUACCACCGAUUCCCCACCGACUACCACCGAAGUUUCGCCGGCGUUCGAUUCACCGUCAAAAUUUACAUCCGCUAAAACUAUCGAACCUUCUUCGCCCGCACCUGUCGUAAAAUCCACGACGACUGCCGAGCCUGUUAAGCAAGGGUACGAAACGCCGACUGCGGUCGGCGGUCUUCUAAAAUUAGCCGGUUGCAAUAUUUACGGGCGUAUGUACCGGGUCGGAAAAAUUAUCACCGAAUUAUCCGGACCCUGUCUCGAAUGCAGAUGUACGGAGAUCGGGGUUCACUGCAAAAAAUUAUUGUGUUGAAUAGGAUUUUGUAAUUCUUUGCUCGUUUUUUUUAUUCUUACUUUGUUUUUUUUUUUUUUCCUUCAUGAUAAAUUUAAUGGAAGGAAUUCGUCAUCGCAGUUAUUUUCUAUGAUCGAUAUUUUAUAUUGCCCGACUUGCCAUAGGAUGCUUGGAGUCACAACUUCGUGCUUUAUUACAAUUGUAAGGACACAUUCUUUUUUUUUUUUUCACUAGAAUUAAAAUUUCAAAUCUCUUAAACGUAUAGACUAUAAAAGUAGUAAGAAGAAAAAAUUUCGUAUUCACUAGUGGACCAAAUCCAAUUCGACUAAACUGUAAAAUUUCGAACGUAUUGGGAAAUUUUAGGAAAUUUGGUGCUAUAUUUCGGUCGUACUUACGGCGAGGUAAUCGUGCGAGUAGCGAUCAGACGAAACACGAUUACCGGCCACGAAAAUUCGCUAAUCAUAUACUUAGUUGUACAGGAUAAAAAUCCUGCGAUUGCGAUUGCAAUUAAACUAAUAAUUUUAAGAAACUACAUUUAAUUAGUAAAAUUACAACGUAAAGUUAGUAAUCAAAAAUUUAAGAACGUAUUUUCACAGAGAAUUUUACUACGCUGGCAACGACGCAGUUGUCAAAAAAAAAAAAAAAAAAAAAAAAGGAAAAAAGAGAAAAGAAAAAUAAACAACAUUCAAUCAUAUUAUGGUACUGUUUCAUCGCCUUACAUUAUAAUAGAAUUGUCGGUUAAUUUAGGACGCACGUUAUAUGCUUAUUGAUAAUAAAUGAGGUAGGAGACGAUCCGAUUUCACGAAAUAAUCAAUUAUCUCAAGUCUAUCGCGAAGAACACAGAGGGGUGGAGAGAGAGAGAGAGAGAGAGAGAGAGAGAGAAAGCGAAAUUACAAAUCUAUUGCCCGUAGGAUGUUCGAGAUACGGAAUAGUGGAAUAAAAAUCGUUGAAAAUGUCUCCUGCUGGAUGGACUUGUGUUAAUUGAUACAUACGCAUAUACAUAUAUACUUUGAUGUAUUUUAAUUACGUAUAUAGUCAAGCUGUUUAAGAACGAUCUCAAAUAGUAAUGAAUUUUAUCUAUAGCUAAUUAAAUUUCCCAGUGAUUAAAAGAAGUGUUUUACAACCAGUAAUAUAACUCCUCGAUAUAUUUGUUCCAUUUUAUAAUACCUACAUAAAUAUUUAAAUGAAAUUCAGUAAACGGAUAUAUAUAUAUAUAUAAUAAUGCGUGAAUCUCUGUACCCCACCCACCAUUAAUUGGUAAAUAUCCCAUUGAUUAAUUGCCGGUAUGUAAUUUACAUAUUUAAUCGAGCGAAUUUCAUAAAAUCACCGGACGACCUUUUGCUGCUAAUUACCGAUCGCGGUGGAUUAAUAUGUGUGUAUAUAUAAUUAGCGUGUAUCGAUUGUAAAACUCUCCAUUACUCCAAAUUUUGCCCACAGACGCAUAUCGAGUAAUUCCCAUUUACUGUGAGCAAAAUUAUUUUUCGUACAAUUUGAAUGCGAAAAUUUUAUCACUCCUCUUGGACGUUAUUGCAAUAGUUUUUCAUCGGAGAGAAAAGUCGGCGAGUACAAUAGCGAUGACAUUAUUAACAGUGGUAAUGAUAAUAAUAAUCGUAAAGGUUGCCCACAUUCCCCGGGCUGUUUGGAUGCAGCUUGAAUUACCCUCAUUCUUGGACAAAAAUGUGAAAGGGAUAAAAGCGAGCGCGGUACUCUCGGUGAGAAACGGUAAAAGGUCCCUAAUGUACGAUGGACAAUAAACGUUUAUAAUAUAUCUCCAGCAUAUGUGGUGAGCC